AUGAGCGAGCACGAGAACGAAAAGCAUGUCAGCAAUGUCUUAGUUGAUUCCGAGGUUUCUGCCCACGGUCAGGAGUCAAUUCAGGCCCCUUAUUGGUCGCCCGAGCAGGAGAAGAGGCUUGUUCGUCGGAUUGAUAUUGCGAUCAUGCCAUUGUUGAUUCUCGGCUUUGCUGUUCUACAACUCGAUCGCUCAAAUAUCGGCAACGCCAUGACCGACAAUUUUAUGAAAGAAGUCGGCAUUACCCAGUUCGAGUACAAUGUCGGCAACCAACUCAUGUACCUCGGCAUUGUUCUAUUUGAGAUACCUAGCAAUCUGGUCUUGUAUAAAGUCGGCCCUGCUAUCUGGAUUGGGUUUCAAAUCGUCGCCUGGAUUUGCGAAUGUGGCUACAUACCUGCUGGUCUGUACACUAUGACACGAUUCUACAAAAAAGACGAAAUCAGCAAGCGAUUCGCCGUGUUCUUCUUGGGCAACAUGGUAGCCAACGCCGGAGCUGGACUUUUAGCGUUCGGAAUCCUAAGAAUGAGAGGGCUUGCAAAUCUCUCCGGUUGGCAGUGGCUCUUUCUUGUCUGUGUGCCAUCUCCCUGUAAAAUCAUCUACUGGCAACUAACCUUCGCAAAACAGCUUGAAGGAAUGCUGACAAUUGUCAUCGCGGCUCUUUUCAUAACGCUAUUCCCUCGAUCGACUUCCAACCCGGUGUCUCUUGCCGGCCUGCGACAUUUCACCGAAGAGGAAGCCCACAUCAUCACGCAACGGGUUUUGCUCGACGACCCCACGAAGAAACAUGCACACACUCACGUCAGCCGAGAAGAAUUGAAGGCAGUUUUCACCAAUUGGAAACUCAUCGCCCAUGUCAUGACUACCCUUGGCAGUCUGUCCGCCAUCGCCUCUUUGGCGUCCUUUGGUCCCUCGAUCGUCGCGUCCUACGGGUAUAAAGCCAUCGAAGCGAACGCCAUGAAUUCGAUCGGUUACUGGAUCCUGAUCCCUGUUACCCUUCUCUGGGGCUGGGCCGCUGAUAAAUGGGGAAAGCGUGGGCCCAUGGUCAUAUUUGGCACUUUCAUCAGCUUCAUUUUCCUAAUUGCUCAGCGCUGUAUCGCCGAGACUGACAAGGUUACGACCAAGUAUGCCAUCAUCACUGUCAUAUACGCAUUCAGCUUCAACUGGCAUCCGAUUAACGGCUCCUGGAUGGCGCUGAACGCAAAAUCAGCCGGGGAACGGUCCAUAACUAUGGCAAUCCUCAUCAUGGCUGCUAAUGCAUCCGGUAUCGUAGGCGGACAGAUUUUCCAAGCCAGUGAUGCACCCAACUAUAAAGUGGGAUGGUCAGUGUCAGUGGCUUUGUCAUGCAUAGGAUUUGUCUCUUCUGUCGUAGCGAAUGUGCAGUACUGGAACCUUAACCGCUUGAACAAGAAGAAGGGAAACAUCGGGCUUGUUUAUCAUCCAUAA